UCAGCAGCAAGCGCGUGAAGUGGCGCACGUGAGGAGAGGCCCUCCACUCGUGACUCACCUCGCGCAUCCAGAAUCCUUGAUGCUUUGACUCGUCACUCGCUACUUCUCAUCAGACUCGAUGAAGCGUGAGCUCUUGCAUCAUCAUCAUCAUCAUCAUCACCAUGAUGCCAAGCCUCAUCUCUGGCGCCCAUCUCCUCCUCUCUUUCCAAAAGGCCGAAAGUACAGCAUUGACUGACUUGCUUUCACCACAAAUCGCCUCCGCACUCUCACCGAGGAGGACAAAACAGCUCCACUGCGACGCCCGCUCCUCGCGAGCACACGAUCUGCCUAGCUGCUGCCUGGCUUGGCUGGCGUCCAGGCUUCUGGUCCGCGGUACACACACACACACACCACCCACGCCUCAUAUCUAGCGGCACACACCACUCGCAUCUCCUCAUCGAUCCGUUAUGCCGGGCAUUCAAGUUUUUUGCGACAGGGGUGGCACGUUCUGCGACGUGAUUGCCAGAGUGCCCGAUCAAGAAGACAUUGUCAUCAAGCUGCUCUCCCACGAUCCUGCCAAUUACAAGGAUGCGCCGACGGAGGGCAUUCGCAGGGUGCUGGAGAGAAGUUUGGGAAAGGAGAUCAAGAGGGGCGACAAGAUUGACACUUCUGCCAUUGACUAUAUACGCCUCUCCACCACAGUCGCCACGAAUGCGCUGCUUGAGCGCAAGGGAGAGAAGCACGUGCUAGUGACCACCAAAGGCUUCCGUGAUCUGUUGGAGAUUGGCAAUCAAUCCAGGCCAGACAUCUUCGCCCUCAAUAUUCGCAAGCCAGAGGUGCUGUACUCUGCGGUGCUGGAGGUGGACGAGAGGGUGACGCUGGUAGGCUACGCCUCUGACCCUCACGUCGAGCGGAACAGCGUCAAAUUCGAUCAGCAUGGCAAAGUUUCUCGAGCUUACAAGGGCCACGAUCAUCCACCUCCUGCGGCGGAUGGUAGGGAUGCUGAUAUCGUCCAAGGGGAGAGCGGCGAAGCGGUGGCCAUUCUCAAGAAGCCCGAUGAGCAGCAACUCGAAGAGGAUCUCAAGAGGCUGUAUGAUGAGGGCUACAGAGCAGCAGCCAUCGUCCUCAUGCACUCCUACACGUAUCCAGAGCACGAACGCAUCGUAGAGGAGAUUGCAAAACGCGUCGGCUUCACCCACAUCAGCGUCAGCUCCAAGCUGAUGCCCAUGAUCAAGAUCGUGCCUCGCGGUACCUCAUCCACAGCAGACGCCUACCUCACGCCCAUCCUCAAGCAGUACAUUGACGGUUUCUUCAACGGUUUCGAAGGCUCGCUCAGGGAUGGCACUGCAGGCACCCGCGUAGAGUUUAUGAUGAGUGACGGAGGUUUGACCAGCGUGGAACGCUUCAGCGGUCUCAAGAGCAUCAUCUCUGGACCAGCGGGCGGCGUCGUUGGGAUGGCGUUGACGAGCUAUUGGAAAGAGGAUGGCAGACCGAUCAUCGGCUUGGAUAUGGGCGGCACGUCUACAGAUGUCUCUCGCUUUGCUGGUCGCUACGAGCAAGUCUUUGAGACUACCUUGGCUGGCGUCACGAUUCAAAGCCCUCAGCUAGACAUCAACACUGUCGCAUCCGGUGGCUCAUCGAGGUUGUUUUGGAGAAAUGGGCUGUUUGUGGUUGGGCCUGAAUCUGCCAGCGCGCAUCCUGGUCCUACUUGCUAUCGCAAGGGCGGUCCUCUCGCAAUCACCGAUGCCAAUUUGGUGACGGGCCGACUUCCCACGGAAAAGUUCCCAAAGAUCUUUGGUCCGAAGGAGAACGAGUCGUUGGAUGAGGAGACUACUCGGAUAGAAUUUGAGAAGCUGCGAGAAGAGAUCAACAACGAUACUGGGAGGGAGCUGAGCUUGGAUGAGACUGCUCAAGGAUUCAUUCGCAUUGCUAAUGAGCUCAUGGCGAGACCCAUCAGGGCGCUCACGGAAGCGAGGGGAUAUUCUGCCUCUAAGCAUAUCCUGGCUUGUUUUGGAGGUGCGGGCGGUCAACACGCCUGCUCGAUCGCUCGCUCGCUAGGCAUCAAGACGGUGCUGAUUCACAAGUACAGCAGCAUCCUCUCGGCCUACGGUAUGGCGCUCGCGAACAGGGUGCACGAAGCGCAAGCUCCUUCGAGCGAAACGUGGGGCAGCGAGGGUGCGCUGGAACGUGUGCAGAAGCGGGUGGAAGAGCUGCAAGAGAAGGUCAAGAGCGAACUGCACAAGGAGGGCUUCAAGGAUGAUAGGCUCGAAGUGGAGGUCUUGCUCAAUCUGAGGUACGAAGGAACGGAUACUGCGCUGAUGAGCCUGAAACCAAACGAUAGCUGGGACAUGGAAAAGGUGUUUGUGGACACGUACAAGCAAGAGUUCGGCUUUGUAUUGUCCGACAAGCCGAUAAGGGUGGAUGACGUGCGGGUGCGAGGGAUCGGCAAGUCGUACGACACGCUACCAGAGUGCGCGCUUUCCGAAGCUCGUCGAUUAGACUUUUCCCGAGUCGACGCAUCGGCGUUGCAAGAGACGACGAUGGGACGGAGGAGGAGGGCAGCAGUGUACUUUGAUGGGGGGCACGGAAGAGUGGAUACGCCGCUGGUGGAGUUGGACAAGACGAAAGCUGGAGAGAUGUACGAGGGACCGGCUCUGCUCAUCGACCAGACGCAGACUUUGCUCAUCGAGCCGGCUUGCGUGGCCAAGAUCACUAGCCAGGCGGUCAUUGUGGAGAUUUUGUACGACGAGCAAAAGUAGUAGAAAGAGAAAGGUGGGCGCACGCGCGCGCGCCCGGGGGGGACUCGGAAGCAGAGCAAAUGGCAAAUCGAUGCGGGGCCUUUGCCUUGCCG